GUUCCCUAAUAAAUACUUCAUAAACCCUGAUAGAAUAUUUUAAAAAAUGUUCUGCAUAAUUCUAGAGUAUGCUGUGAUCGAAUUUGAACUUCGGGACGUAGUGUAUGUAUCCAGCUGCCCCAUAGCUUGGAUAAAUGAUACGAAUUGUUUGUGACCUGCCAAAAAAGGAAUCGAGCGCAAGGCAAUUAUUAAUAACAUGAGACCAGAAGACGAUUGGCUAUGUUUAGAGGAUAUUAAGAUAUUAGGAAAAUACAGUACAUAUAAAGAAGCUCUUGAUAAAGAAAAACAAAAAAGCCAAACAGAUGAUAGCAGUAGUGAUCUUGAUGAUGUAAGAAAUUGUAAAAGAAAAGUGCGACCAAAUGAUACAGGGAUGAUUCAAUUUCACCUCCCCCAAAUGAAACGUCUGAAGAUUUGCCAGACAGUGAUCAAUAUUCUAGCGGAGGAGAAAAUGCAAUUAGUAGGUAAUCACUUAACCAUGAGGCCCAAAAUAAUAAUUUUAAUAUUGAAGACAUUCUUGCCAAUGCAAAUAUUGAAAUAAUUGACACUGAUGCAGACAACACUUUAGUUAAUAGUCAAAUUAGUAUUAAAAGUAAAGAUUAAACAAGACUUAAUUUGUGAAAGGUUGGAACACUUGGAGAAAAUGAUGGCAUGUAACAGUGCAGUAGAUGUGGGAAUUCCGCGUAAUUGUAAAGGGAUAUCUUGAUAGGAAAGGGGUAAGAGUGGCAAAAUUUAAAAAUAAUAGGCCCGG